GCCACGCAGGAACAAUCCCCUGUCAGACUCGUUGCGUCUUUGACUUACUUCAAUUUAAACUUCAAUUUAGCUUUCCACAAGGUAUCACCGAAUCCUCCCACGUCAGAACCAGACAGAACCAGAUUCCCCUUCAAGCAGCAUGUUCGCUCUUCGUCAGACUUCUUCGGCCCUGCGCCGCCCUCUCGCUCGCAGCUUCGCGUCCAAAGCCGAGUACGAGAACAUCUUGACCGAAGUGCGUGGCAAAGUGGCGAUCAUCACUCUGCACCGCCCCAAGGCUCUGAACGCGCUAUGCAGCCCCCUGAUCGAGGAGCUGAACGGCGCGGCCCACGCCUUCGAUGCCGACAAGAACAUCGGCGCCAUCAUCAUCACGGGCAGCGACAAGGCGUUCGCGGCCGGUGCGGACAUUAAGGAGAUGGCCACCAAGAGCUUUGUGGACGCCUAUAAGAGCAACAUGUUCGCUAACUGGGGGGACAUCACCAAGGUCUCCAAGCCCGUGAUCGCUGCUGUCAACGGCUACGCGCUGGGCGGCGGCUGUGAGCUGGCCAUGCUCUGCGACCUCAUCAUCGCCGGCGACUCGGCCAAGUUCGGCCAGCCGGAGAUCACGCUCGGCACGAUCCCGGGCUGUGGCGGCACGCAGCGUCUCAUCCGAGCAGUGGGCAAGUCCAAGGCCAUGGAGAUGAUCCUGACGGGCAACAUGAUCGACGCCCAGCAGGCUGAGAGGGACGGACUCGUGGCCCGCGUGGUGCCGGCUGACCAGCUGCUGGACGAGGCCUUAAAGACGGCCAACAAGAUCGCGUCCUUCUCGCAGCCUGUGGUGAAGAUGGCCAAGGAGGCCGUCAACGCGUCCUACGAGCAGUCGCUGCAAGAGGGAAUCAAGUUCGAGAGUCGUCUCUUCUGGAGCUCGUUUGCCACCAAGGACCAGAAGGAAGGCAUGGCCGCCUUUGUGGAGAAGCGCAAGGCCGAGUUCAAGAACGAGUAAGUGUGUCAAAACAGUUGAUCCCAUCCAUUCCCGACUAAUCCGACUACAGUCAAGAUGAGAAUGAAACUAUACCAGCCAGACUCUGCGGGUCAGUUCCUACUUGUUGCUACCGAUCUACAAAGCUACUGGCCGCGGAGUUAACCUUUGUCAGCACGUACCUUUACUCUUCUUUGUCGAAUUUUGUGUAGGGCAGUCAACAGCAGCGACUUCAUCGUCUCGCUUCUUCUUCUUGGAAGGUUUCUCUGCCGUCUGCUUCCUCACGUGCUUACUGUCGUCCGCUCCAUUGUCCACAGACUCCAGUACCCACUCCGGGAUCUGCGAACGUGUAACAUGAUCGAUCUGCAUGUCCAUCCCGCCGUGGCGACCUUCCCACUGGUCCGUGUACAAGGCAAAGUCGCGGAUCACACCCGUCAGAUCCACAUUGUGCGUCGCCCCUGUGACUGGAGCUGCUGUGGGGGCUGGGAACUUCAGUCCGAUGAACAGCCACGAGGUGUGAACCUCACACUUGGACGAGCUCUCUGGACUUUCGUCCUUGGUCUCAACAAAGUCGAAGAAGCGAGCGAACGGGUGGAUGCGGAUGUCCGGCAGAGCCUCCAAUCUAGUAAAAUGCAACAACAAAGUCAGCAGAGAGAUCAGGUUACCCAGCGAGCGUUCACAGGAUCCGGUCACCAUGUGCUGUCAAAAUCACGAGUCGAGAUGCAAGUUUUCAGCCCCGAAAAGAAGAUCAACAGGCCACGUACCGAAGGAAUAAAUGCCGCAGUCUUGACUCGACCCAGCCGAACCACCCGUCGAAGUCUUCGGCAUUAUUUGCUGUGAUCUGGACACGAAGAAAAUGUUUUGACCUAUUGACCACAAACCAAACCAGUCAACAACGCAGCAAGGCAAUCACAAGGCUCAGGACUCGAGGAUACGUCACAGAACCUUUGGAAGAACACUGGCGCUACGAACAGCUUCGUCCAUGAAGCUUUCUGCACAAAAUAAUUGUCAGUAGCUGCAUCUUUAUAGCCACGCUGCUCUUCCUUACCUUGGUCUCAAUCUCAAGUGUCCGGUCAAACCCCCUACCCAACUCAGCCUUGAGAAUACGUAAGGUUGAAGCCAUCACAUUAUACGACGAGUUCAACGCUGGAUAUGCCGGUGUGAUGAUCGGCAUCAGGUGUAAUCGGUCCCGAACAUUGAUCUUCGGGUUCCAUCCCUGUCGACACCAAACCCAAUAUACAUCAGUUGUUAAGAUAAUACUGUGCACGCUGUAUCAGAGAGAGAGAGAAAGCCUUUGCAUCACCGAGAAGCCGAGGUUGAGUGGGUUGUCCACCCGGUCGAGCAUGAUCGGAUUCGGCCACGUCCACAUCUGGUA